GUUAAAACUGGAAGCCGAAUCCCAAGAAUGUUCAACUGGAAAACAGUGAACCCAAAGCCAUCAGUUAACUACUUGAUGACGGGCAUGUUUAAGGACGGUGUAUCUAAGGACAUUCUUAACUUUAAAGAUAUUGUUCCGACCAUGUUAGAGGUUGAGAAGCUUGGUCUGCGUCCAUACCUGAUCAACAGAUCUGCACCACCACCUCAAAUACACCAAGAGGAAGAUGAAUAUGCGGAUUUUUCCACAACACCACCCCAUGUUGCUGCUACCAAAAAAACUCAAAAGAAGGAUGCAUCAAAAUCUCCACCGCACAAGAAGCCUAGGAAGAUGUCAACGGCACCAUUGCUUGUGCAGAAGUCACCAACCCCAAUCCCAAAAACGGAUACCCAUGCUAAAGUUGGACAAUCCUCUAAAAAAUUUGCUUCGGUGGCAGACAAGCCUGUUUAAUCAAAGGAAAAAGAAAAAGCUGCUCCAAGUGCCCACUAUGUUCCUAUUGACGACGUAUCUACCAGCAAAUUAGAUGACGUCAAAAGUUUGAGGGAGGAACUUAAUCAAUUUAAGCAGGAAGUAAGUUUUAUUAUUUUAUUUUGAUAUUCAUUUAACUACCACAAAUAAGUAUUUAUAAUGAAUUUGUUGUUUUACCAUUUAGGUGCUUGCUGAAUUCAAGGAUGUUUUUACUGAGCUCAAGGAUCGUCGCAAAGUUAUUGAUGAAAACUUCGA